GGAAGGGGAGGAGCUGGGCCUAGAGAGAGGAUCCGCGAGAGUCCCUGCCGCUGUGGCUGCCUGUGUUUGCGCGUCGCAGGGAGCGGAACCUGGCGGGCGAGGUGUGUCACGAUGCCGGAGCUGGCGGUGCAGAAGGUGGUGGUCCACCCCCUGGUGCUGCUCAGUGUGGUGGAUCAUUUUAACCGAAUAGGCAAGGUUGGAAACCAGAAGCGUGUUGUUGGUGUGCUUUUGGGGUCAUGGCAAAAGAAAGUACUCGAUGUAUCCAACAGUUUUGCAGUCCCUUUUGAUGAAGAUGACAAAGAUGAUUCUGUCUGGUUUUUAGACCAUGAUUAUUUGGAAAACAUGUAUGGAAUGUUUAAAAAGGUCAAUGCCAGAGAAAGAAUAGUUGGGUGGUACCACACAGGCCCUAAACUACACAAGAAUGACAUCGCCAUCAAUGAACUCAUGAAAAGAUACUGCCCUAACUCAGUAUUAGUCAUCAUUGAUGUGAAGCCAAAGGACCUGGGACUGCCCACAGAAGCAUAUAUUUCAGUGGAAGAAGUUCAUGAUGAUGGAACUCCAACCUCAAAAACAUUUGAGCACGUGACCAGUGAAAUUGGAGCGGAGGAAGCUGAAGAAGUGGGAGUUGAGCACUUGUUACGAGACAUCAAAGACACUACUGUGGGCACUCUUUCCCAGCGGAUCACAAACCAGGUGCAUGGUUUGAAGGGACUGAACUCCAAGCUUCUCGAUAUCAAGAGCUACCUAGAGAAAGUGGCCACAGGCAAGCUUCCUAUCAACCACCAAAUUAUCUACCAGCUGCAGGACGUCUUCAACCUGCUGCCAGAUGUCAGCCUGCAGGAGUUUGUCAAGGCCUUUUACCUGAAGACCAACGACCAGAUGGUCGUGGUGUAUUUGGCCUCCCUGAUACGUUCCGUGGUCGCCCUGCACAACCUCAUCAACAACAAGAUUGCCAACCGGGAUGCAGAGAAGAAAGAAGGGCAGGAAAAAGAAGAGAGCAAAAAGGAUAGAAAAGAUGACAAAGAGAAGGAUAAGGAAAAGAGUGAUAUAAAGAAAGAAGAGAAAAAGGAGAAAAAAUAAAAUAUGUAGCUUUUUAAUUUGUAAAUUAAAAUCUUAUAAAC